AAGAAGAACAAGAAGAAGAAGAAGAUUAACCAGAACCACUUCCGGUUGAAAAGUUAAACUUUGACCCUGACGGCGGAAGUUCUUUCCUUUCCUGUUUCUGCGUCUUGAGAGAGACACAUCGACCAUGGCUCCCCGCAAAGGCAAGGAGAAGAAGGAGGAGCAGGUGAUCAGUCUUGGCCCUCAGGUGGCCGAAGGAGAAAAUGUCUUUGGUGUCUGUCACAUCUUCGCCUCCUUCAACGAUACCUUCGUCCAUGUCACUGACCUGUCUGGGAAAGAGACGAUCUGCCGUGUGACAGGAGGUAUGAAAGUGAAGGCGGACAGAGAUGAAUCCUCUCCAUAUGCAGCCAUGUUGGCAGCUCAAGACGUGGCCCAGCGCUGUAAGGAGCUGGGGAUUACUGCCCUUCACAUCAAACUCAGAGCUACUGGAGGAAACAGAACCAAGACUCCAGGUCCUGGUGCCCAGUCAGCCCUCAGGGCUCUGGCUCGCUCUGGAAUGAAGAUCGGACGCAUUGAGGAUGUCACCCCCAUUCCCUCCGAUUCCACCCGCAGAAAGGGAGGUCGCCGUGGACGCCGUCUGUAAAAUGUUGGAUUUUUUUUCAAUUAAAGUUAAACUCCAA